GAUUUCCGGUUCACUUCCUCCUUUUUCUUGCGUUGUGAGGCUGCGUUAGCAAGUUGCUGAGAAACAGGUCCAUGUGCAGCGGUAGGAAAAUGUAAUUACACGAUUCUGCCUGUCUCAUUUGACAUACAUUAACAAGGGGACCCAGGUUUAAAAUCUACGCUUUAUUUGCGCUUGAAUGCUGAUUUAUUCCCUGAAAUCAUCCGGCUUCACAUUAUCCUUGUGCGCAAACUAACGUGAGGUGCGCAGGGUCACAGGCAGCACAUCUAUCUUUUGUCCCCCACUUCAUUCAUGUGCGAGGACUUCUUGAGACAACAAACCUGGUUCGUAUCUUAACAUGUUUCUAUACUCUAUAGGGGAUCUAUGAUAGAGACGAUAGACAGUGUCAUGUUUGAUUUGUAAGUGUGAGAUUGCCAUGAUCAGCACAUCCAAGUACAGAAAACUUCACUGAAUCAAGUGACUUUUCAUGGGAACAUCUAGAAAUGUCCAGAGAUUGCUGCUGGCUUUUUAGAGCAUGCCUCUUGAGUCUGUCAGUCAGCUACAAGAUAACAUUUUGAGAGCAGACACCACCAGGCGUAUAACAUACUCCCAUCAAGCAGGGGCACAGCUUAGGAGUCUGUUUUUAGCAGGAAAAAUGGUAGAAAUGUAAUAUGACAGUGGAAUAAAGAUGAUAAUAUUGCUAUCUUUGAAACCAUAUGAUGUGAUUUAAGACUAGACAUUGUAAGUUUGUAUUUAUCAUGCAGUAAAGUGCCAGAUUUUUUAACCACUAAGUACUUCAUACAAAACUACAGUUCGCAAAAAAAACUUUCAUAUUCCAUCCCAGCUUGAUAUAAGGAGAGGUGAGAGUCUCACAUCACUGUGCUGAUCAUGACAGUCUCUCUGGUCAGGGUUACAGCUUAACUUUUCAUGCAAUGCAGGUUUUGUUUUGGGAAAUUUGAGUGGCUUGGUGCUUCAUGUUGGCUCUACAGUUCAGGAUAAUUUCACAGGAACCAGGAUUUUAGGCACAAUGUAAAGUCGCACAUCUUUACAGAUGAAUUUGGAUGGAUGAUGUGAUAGCUUAGUGACUUUUGGCCAUAUGUAUUCACAGAUAUUUGCCAUACCUGAGACUCUUUCUGGGGCAGCUGUCCCUGCUGUUGCUGUGGGAACAGAGCCUGGGGCUUGGUGCUUAGUGCCAGGCUACCUUGAUCGGUGAACAGAAAUUUUGGCCAUGUAGCCAGCGUGUUAAAAUUCAGGUUUUCUGUUUGCUUACUGCAAACAGCUGCUGCUUUACCAAGGACAUCUGCCUCUUUCCAAACUCUUCAGUCUGAUAUUUGUUCAGUUUCGGCCACCCCAGUCCAAAAAGUCUGGAGAUGCUUCUGCAUUCAAGUAACUCUUGCUUAGUUAAAAAGGCCAACAAUAAGAAGGUUUUUUAAACUUGCUUAUGGAUGGAGGUAAAAAGCAUUAUGAAAUAAAUUAGAAGUUGCACAUGUAUAAACCGGUUUAAAUUCACUGCAUGUCUAUUAAACUUCAGCUGGGUUAUCCCGCAUUUAUUUGUAGGAUAAUGUAGAUUUUGUGUUCCUGAUGUAGAAACUGCAUUAUUCUUUUUCUGUUUAACUAAUACAAUAAGUGUGACCUGAUGUGAAACAAGGUUGAUAACCACACUGUGCAUAAACUAGUUUUUGUUUUCUAACUGGAGGAAGACACCAGAAUCCCCUUUUACUUCUCAUUACCCUGCGAGAGGUCAAUUAUGAGACCCUAUGAGAGGGUCUGAUGGAUGUUUAUUAAAAUGUUAUAAUUCUGAGAGUCUCCUGUGUGGUGGUUUGUUCUGCAGUUUUUGAAGAUUGUACUUAUACAUCAAGAAAAUGAUGUAAUGAUCUUACCAUUGAGGAAAAAGGCCUGCCAAACUAAAAGCAAACUACCAAAGAAAGCAUAAAGCACUGAAUAUGUUUGGUUUUGAAUUUGGUGUAUCCUCAUGAGGAGUGUUGCUUUUGUGUAUCAUGCCAUUCAAGCCAGUAUUUUCUUUACCAUUCUAGAGAAAAAUGCCAUCAAGAAACCGUCUCGACAAAAUUGGGAGGAAGACGAAGAAGAAAUGGACAGAGGAGGCCAUGGAGCGAGCUCUGAUUGAAGUUAAAUCGGGGAGAUGCACGGUGAGACAGGCAGCCAAGCAGUUUGGAGUCCCUAAAUCUUCUCUUGGGGACAGAGUCAGCGGACGGGUGACGCCGGGGUGUCGCAGCGGGCCGGCUCAGCUAAUAACUUCUGCAGAUGAGGAGCUGCUGGUGGAGUUCUCUUUAUACAUGUCCAGACAUGGAUUUCCAAUGACAAAGCAGCAGCUGGUGUCUUUUGCCUCAUCCAUUUAUAAGCGGCAGCACCGCAAGGUGGCAUUCUCCAAACUAGGCCAGACCUGGUGGCUGAAUUUCAGAAAACGUCAAGAAAAGAAUAUAACGAUACAGCCGGCAGACAACGUUGUCCGAGGAAGAACAGUUUGUGUGAGGAAGGAAGCAGUGGAUCAGUUUUUUCACUUACUGAGCACAGUCAUGGACGCCCGAGGGCUCAGAGACAAACCUCAACAAAUCUUUAACUGCAAUGAGACAGGUUUUCAGCUUGGCAGGAAGAGGGUGAUUCUCCCUAAAUAUGCCAGUCAGGGCCUCAAACCAGCUUUAGGACUGAGGGACCACAUCUCUGUCCUGGCUUGCUUUAGUGCAGCCGGAGAGGACAUCCCCCCGUUUAUCAUCUACUCCAAGGCCUACCCUGGAGGAGUGUGUUACAAAACACAAGGACCUCCUGAUGCCCUCUAUGGCUGGUCGGACACAGGGUGUAUCAACUCUGAGCUUUUCAAGAAAUGGUUCCUCAAACACUUCCUCCCCUGCGCGCCAAAGGAGCGUCCCCUGCUGCUGAUCUUUGAUGGCCACAAGUCUCCUGUGAACCUGGAGGUGGUGGAAGCAGCUCGCAAAGAGGAUGUCAUCCUUCUCUGCUUGCCGCCUCACUGCUCCCACAUCCUACAGCCGCUCGACGCAGGUCUCUUUGUCCUCCUGAAGCAGCGUUUCGCAGCACUCAUAGGCGAUGGAUGUGCCACAGACACUCACUUUGCAGUCAGCAAGAAAGAGUUCUCUGGUGUAUUCAAAGGAGCCUAUCAGAUAGUGGAGGAGGAGGAUGGAGUGAGGACUGUGAAGGAAGGCUUUAGGAAAUGUGGCAUUUACCCACUGAGCCACUUUCCUAUAAAUGAUGGACAUCUGAUGCCAUCACAUGGUAUUGACUCAGCAGCUGAAGGCUCUCUGUCUGUCUCAGCACAGGGCCUGCACAGUAUAGGAGACAUUACAGCUGCUGGACCCUCCUCUUAACUCUUUCCUGCCCAUGAAUCAUCAGACAGCUGUCAAGGAAAAAGACUGGCAUAUUUAACUGAAUAGAAAUGAAUGCAGAUUAAUUCAGUUGUUUGAAACUCUGAAUAGCUGUCAGUCAUACUUGAGUACUGUGCAGCGACUCCUCAUCCUCCAUGUAGAGGAGGAGCCUGUUUGUUUGUCGCCUCAUCAAGAAAACAGGUUGUGAUAAUAAUGCCACUGAUUCUCAAGGCUGAGCUAAGAUUCAGCUGCUCGCUUUUUUUAAAGUUUGGAACAAAUAUAUAGAUUUUAGGUGCAGAAAUCUAGAAAAAAAUGUUUUUUUUUCUUUUGAACCUUGUAAAGCCUGUGAGGAGGCACAAGAUGCUUGAUUUUCAGGCAUCAUCACACGCCUCAAAGCUUUGAAAUCACUACUGUAAAGCAUAUUAACUUAUUCAAAAGCUAUCUUUAAACAGCAACAGCCAGCUAGAUGAGCUAAGUCACAUGUAGCAGAAUAACUGCAGACUAAGAUGUGUUUGUGCUCUGAUAGAUUCUCAAUAGAAAGCAGUGAGCGUGUCUAUAUGUUGCAUGAUGUUUUCUAUAUAAAGUUUGAACUCAUCCGGCUAACAUGACAACAUGAUAUCAAACCACCUGAUUCAUCAAAGGCAAGAAUCCAAGAAGUAGGUUUUUAGGAAGAUUUACACAGACCCUUUAACUUGCUAGAGAUCUUUCCUUUGCGUUGUUCAGUCAUGCUGUGAAACACGGAGCGAUCAGAGGGGUGAGCAGUGUUUUCUCUGAUACUGACACAAGAGAAAAUGAUGCCAUGUCUUUGAAACCACGCAGGAGAGAAUCUGUUGUAACUUCUCUAAAAUAUCCUGGAUAUACUCGGGCCAUUAAGUUGUCACGAGAAGAGUGGUCUGUUUAAAAAAUGCUACUGAGGACAACAGGAGUUUUUUAUUUUUUAAUUUUGGUGUCUUUGUUAUGAAUGUGUGUACUUGUGUCACGUGGAAAAAUGGAUCCUACAUGGAUUUUCUCAGGGACAGAGGCCUGAAUAAAGGUAUUUUGUUACUGUUGUUGCCGCACAAAUGUGUCCAUAAGCUUAAUAAUUUAGUGAAGAGGGCUGGACUCUGUGAUGUAAUAUCGAUGCAAUAGGGAGAGCUGCAACAAUACGUAGGGAGGAAAUACUACUGCAUGCAUAAAUACUUAUGUGUAGAGAGCAUCUGUUUGUUUACAAGUUUGCAGAGAGGACCCUGGUUAUGUUUUUGGUAGAGAUUAAUGACUUUUUUUUGCAUAAAAUGAUUUUUGUGCAUAAAAAUGAGACUAACCCUAACACAUGACUCAAAAUCAGUGGUUUAAUUCUAUAACACUCAGAUCUGGUGCAGUACUGAUAUUAAUCAUAAUGUUCUUAAGCUGGCUGAGAGGGCCCCAAAGGUGUUGAGGAGCAAAAAUGCAGGUGCUAGAGCAGCUGUAUGUUCCUUUGAGCCUUCAGGGGAAAACCUCCCACAGGAACACGUCUUUAAAGCACAGGUCAGCGUGCAUCACACCUCAACUCUUUAUGGAAGAAACAAAGCAGCCCGGAGCUGACUUCAUGUUUAUGUAUGUUAAUAUCACAUAUGGUGAUUUGUGUGCCUGAAGCUCUUUUAAGGUUUUUCGUUUUGUUCUGACACAAAGUCUAAAAAGACUUUCUAUUUGAUUCUAAAAAUCAUGGUCCCAGUUUUUGGUUCUCAGACAUGCAUUUUUGAACACUCACUAGCUGACUUGACUUUUAAAACCUUAUGAACUGAAUAUUUUUACCACUUACUUGUGAUGCUUAAAAAAAUACCCCUGAAUCAUUAAAUACCUAAAAAAAAAUGGGUUGAAAAUUGUGCAGGACUCUAAGCUCUUGUUAUAGUCAAAAUGGCGACAUCUGCUGGUCGAACUUUGUUACUUCAGCUGUAGGGAUGGAUUCAAUCUGAGGCCAAGAUUCAACAGUUUCAACACAGGAGGUCUUUCUCUUGCGUGCAGACAUUUGUUUCAAGAAGAUUGUGGUUAUGAGAUUUUUAAUAAGUGAAGUGGGGCUUUAAAAUAUCUCACUGCCCCAUUUCUGCAUCAAUGAGUCAAAACCUAGCAAGCCAACCAGUCUGCUUCUCACUAAUCUGAGCGAUAUUAUGUCGAGACUUUGACGUGUUUUUACUCCACUGAGCCUCAUUUCCAGUUUCCCGGAGAGAAACCCAUAUUUUUAGUGACACUUUGAUCCUUUUAAAAGAACAUUACUCACAUCUCUGAAUAUUCAAUCAGUGACACUCACUCAAAUUUCUUCAAUGCAGAGAGGACAUAUGACGACUGCCUGACUGCUUUGGGUUUGGGUUUGGUCUCCACCACAGCUUCAUCCACCCUGUGAGACAAAACCGGUCAUGAUGAUUCUGCAGUGCCAUUUUAAAAAAAAGAAAAAGACUUUGUGAUGUGUGAGUGGAAAAGUGAAGAAAAAAAGUUAUUUUUUCAUAAUUAGAGUAAAAUGUAGGAAACCCAUCAAACAACAGACUUAUACUCAUACAUGAUAUUGAUAUUGCUUUAAAAGCCCUCUUCUUUCAUUUGCAAUGGUGCAUUACCACACAUGAGUAUACCUGGCUUUCUCUUGCUCUCCCUGUUUUGAUCUGUGGAUCCAGCUGAGGUCGUUCUUCAGUGCUGUCCGCACCCUGGUGGUUUGAAAUACCUUGCUUCUGUCAAUAUCUACAACACACGUAUGUUCAGUUAAUGAUUUUAGAGUGCCAAGAAUGUCUGCACAAAAUAUUUCUUUGUUAAAAUGAUCAAAAUUGGAUCAAAGUGUGUCUUACCUUUUGACAUGGUGUUGAUAUUUCCUCGGAUGUUUAACCUGAUGAAAUGAUGUAGAGAUGAAAAAUGUAUCCCAAGUUUCAGUUACGUAUUUCUGUACUUUAAAGACACACAGUACGAGUGUUGCUCUCCCACACUGGUCCAAUAAAUGACUCAAGACCUGUU